AUGGCGCCGAAGCCACCACCCGCGAAGGGCGCCAGCAAGCGCAUGCAACAAACCAUGGAGGUCCUGCGACAAGAUACAGAGUUCAACGAGCGCGUGCAGAAGCCCUCAACCAAGUCAAUGUUCUUCGAUCACUGUGCUCCAUCCACGGUAGACAAGCGGCAGCGAGAUCGAGCAAACUUCAAACAUUUCUGCGAAGUCUUCUACAAAGAAGAGAACGAGAUCGAUAUGUACGCGGCCGAAACAUUGACCGACAGAGUAUGCCGUUUCCUCGAAGGAAUGUCGAGAGCUUCAAAGGGAAUGCUACACGAUAAGGUGCAGAUGGCUACUCUGACUCAAAUCCGCCAGGCCUUGGAGUGGUGGAUCACUGUCUUCACACCACUACAUCAAAGAGAGAAACUCAACAUCUUCUUAGAGCAGGGUACUUCUACCUACUACAAUAAAGCAUAUUAA